AUGAAUCACGUUACUGCUCAUUACAAGCCUUUAUUGGAUCAAAUUAAUGAAUUGGAAAAUUCGAGAAGGCUUCAGGAAUGCAAGCUGGUGGAAGAGAGGACAAGACACGCUAAGACUCUUAAGGAAUUGGAGGAAUUGAUAAUUGUUUCAGGACUAAGGGCUGAUGAGAGUGUGUAUGAGGAAAAAUUGAAGAGAAUUAAAAGUUUGGAGGCUCAAAUCAAGAUGAAGAAGGAGCAAUCGAAUGAGAUGGACUCUUUCAUCAAGUCUUUAGAUGACAAAAUUGCACAGAUGCGUAAUGAUAUCGAGAAGGCGAAGGGAAAUUGUUCAUUGGUAAAUGAUGUUAUUUCUACUGAACAGGCAGAGUUGGCCAUUCAACAAUUUAUAACUGAGAGCACUCAACUUCAAAAAAAUCUUGAAGAUAUCCAAAACUACAACCAAAUUACAAGAGAGGAUAUCGAGCACCACGAAAGAAUGCAAGAAACCAUCCUUCAGCUCAUAGAAUCAAAAAUUUGUGAAGCUUGUUAUCAACUUGAAAACUCAAUGAUAGAUUAA